AUGGCACCCGAUAACGAUUUGGAGGCAGUAUCGGACCGCCAAAAGGCGGUAUGCAAUUACCCUCCGACUCCCUCUACGGGCACGCCCUCCUCCAUUCGCCAUUCUUCAAGAAGCAUUAAGCCUAAGCUGCUGGGUCCUGGUGCUACUUCUCCAGACUCUGUUCUUGCCCUCAUUGCCAGCUUGUGUGCAGGCCAAAACCCAGUCUCGCACGACUUGCUAGACGAGGCGGAAGAAGUGGACGAAAACAUGGCGGCCCCACGUCGCGAGCUCCUACACAAGGACCAUUUCGCAUUCGUGUUUGGGAACGUGAAGACUCAGAACUACUUUGAUCCUGCUUCCAAGGGCCCAGGCUCUCACACCAUCCGCACUCUUGCUUGGAACCCCACAGGCCAGCUGAUUGCUACUGGCUCUGCAGAUCGCACUCUUCGAAUCUGGAACCCAGAGCGCCCUCACGUCCGAUACUCCACUGAACUACGCGGCCACACAGCUGGCAUUGAGAAGGCACUUUUCAACCCAGUUCGCGAUGCAGAGCUGGCUAGUUGCUCGGCCGAUGGUACAGUGCGCUUCUGGGAUGUGCGCUCCAAGACCUGUGUGAGCCGUCUCGAUGUCGGCGGCGAAGCCUUUACUCUCUCCUGGUCUGCUGACGGCAGCACAAUGAUUGUCGGCAAAAAGGAUGAUACCUUGAUCCCAAUUUCUGUUCAAUUCCCCUCCUCCCCAACCACCCACCCCGAUGGCGUGAAUGCGCUGAACCUUCCCUCCUCUACUCCCGGCGCGACCACCUACACAGCUCUCGAUCCCCACCCUCAAACUGUACAAACGAAUGCCACAACCUUCUCCUGGUGCAUGCCGACCCCAGAACGCCAAGAGAAGCACAUCUUCGUGACGACCGGCGAAGGCAAGGUCAAAAUCAUUUCCUACCCUUCCUUCGAUGUUAUGCACACUCUCAACGCCCACACCUCAGCUUGCCUUUCCAUUGCGCUUGCGCCAACAGGCCGAUACCUCGCAGUUGGUGGAAGUGACGCCCUCAUCUCCCUCUGGGACACCACCGACUGGAUCUGCCGUCGCACUUUAUCCAGCGAGAAUGGCGGUGCCAUUCGCGGUGUCAGCUGGAGUUUCGAUGGCCGCUACAUUGUUGGCGCAUGCGACGAGCUCGGAUGUGCUGGAAACGGACUGGAGAUCUUCCAUGCCGAGUCCGGCGAUAGCAUUUAUACGAUUCCUACUACCGGUAUCAACGCUGGUGUCUCCGCUGUCGCGUGGCACCCCUCUCGCUACUGGCUGGCUUACUCGACUACUACCGAUGGACCUAGUAGUUCCAGCCCUGGAGGAUUGAAGAUUGUCGGUGCUGGUGGUGGUGGAUUGUAA